CUUUGUUUUGUGUUUGGAAGGAUGCACAGUUAGCUAAAAAAUUCCACCCCGCCUGCUUCCUCUUUGGCUCCCUCUCCUGCUUGCUCUCCCUCUCCCUCUCCCUCUCCCUCUCCCUCUCCGUCUUUGACAAACAAGAAAAGAAUACAAAAAUAUAAAUAAAGAUAAAAGAAUCCAGAAACAAACACAUAAACGAAUCCUCUAAAGAAUCAGAAACCCAUUUUACAGAGAUUAUUUUUUUAUAUAAAUACACACCCAAUACAUAUCUCUUUCUCUGUUUCUUGUUUCGUGCUCUGCCUGCCCUAGAUCUUGAUAUACUUUUGAUUCUUGGAUCUUCGAAAUCCCAAGAUUUUAAGAUCUCUUUCAUUUACUUCAGUCAGCUUCAUUCCUCAGAUCACAUUACAUAGAUCAAUUGAAGAAUCUGUCUUUGGUUCUGGAAUACUAAUUCAUUUUUGAGAGAAAACUGGAAAAAAAAAGAGUCACAUGAAUAUAAAGCUGUGGUGUUUGUGCUAGAUGAAGGCAGGUCAGGCGUGGCGACUAGGCAGCAUGGGUGAUAUGCAGAUCUUGCCUGGGGCUCGCCACCGCCCUCCUUUGAAGAGGCCGAUAUGGAUAAUUUUCUUGGUUUCGUUGGUCAGCCUUUUUCUAGUUUGUGCUUAUAUAUAUCCACCACGAGGCAAUGCUGCUUGUUAUGUAUUUUCUUCUAGAGGUUGCAAGGCUCUUACUGAUUGGCUUCCUCCCGCUCCUGCAAGGGAAUUAACUGAUGAGGAGAUUGCAUCACGGGUUGUGGUUAGGGAUAUUUUGAAUACACCUCCUGUCCGAUCUAAGAAUUCUAAAAUUGCAUUCAUGUUCUUAACUCCAAGUUCACUGCCUUUUGAGAAGGUUUGGGAUAUGUUCUUCCGUGGGCAUGAGGGCAAAUUUUCUGUUUUUAUCCAUGCAUCAAAAGGAAAACCAUUGCACGUGAGUCGUUACUUUCUUAACCGGGAAAUUCGCAGUGAUGAGGUUGUAUGGGGGAAAAUUUCAAUGGUUGAUGCAGAGAGACGAUUAUUGGUACAUGCUCUAAAAGAUCCUGAUAACCAACAUUUUGUAUUACUUUCUGAGAGUUGUGUUCCGUUGCAUAAUUUUGACUAUGUCUACAACUAUCUGAUGCAUGCUAAUAUGAGUUUUGUUGAUUGCUUUGUGGAUCCUGGACCACAUGGAAAUGGUAGGUAUUCAGAUCACAUGUUACCUGAAGUAGAAAAGAAAGACUUCAGAAAGGGUGCGCAGUGGUUCUCCAUGAGGCGGCAGCAUGCUCUGAUAGUUGUUGCUGACAAUCUUUACUACUCAAGGUUCCGGGAUUACUGCAAGCCAGGUUUGGAUGGCAAAAAUUGCAUUGCUGACGAGCAUUACUUGCCAACAUUUUUCCACAUGAUUGAUCCUGGAGGUGUUGCAAACUGGUCAGUAACACAUGUUGACUGGUCUGAGAGAAAGUGGCAUCCUAAAUCAUAUAGGGCUCAGGAUGUUACAGAUGAGCUUCUGAAGAAUAUUACGUCAAUUGAUUUGAGUGUCCAUGUAUCAAGUGAUGAAAAGAGUGAAGAGCAGGUACAGCCUUGCCUAUGGAAUGGUAUCAGACGGCCGUGCUACCUAUUUGCGAGGAAAUUCUAUCCAGAAACCGUAGAUAAAUUGAUGAUGCUCCUCAAUUUUUGACUGUGAAUUUUUUGGUCAGAUAGUGUUUACUCGAUCCCUUCUCUUCAUCCUGGUUUCACAUAUAUAGAUUACACAGUUGUAUAUGGCCGCUUUUCUCAACCGCAAUUCUUGAGUUCUAGGGCAAACUGGAAGAACAGUUAGGAUGAUUUGAAUGAGGCUGGAGGCUAACGAGUUGUUAGUGUUGCUUCCUUCCAGAUGGGUAAUUUCUUGUCCAAUUUUUCCCCCCAUUUGUGCUAUCCAAACAUUAUUAUAUAUGUGAAAGAAUAUUGGGGGAUUCAUUUUUUUUUUCUUUCUUUUGUAAAAGGUUGAAAAACAAAGACUAAUGCACUCGUUUCAGGAAAUAUGGGGCUUUAGUUGUUAAAA